AUGGGUCUCUCAAAGCUUCCGCUCGCGGCUCUUCUCUUGGCUCUCGUCGCCCUCCAGCUCCUGGGACGGCAGGUGGGUAGAGAGAGAAAGUUCGGAGUCCACCCUUCUCUCUUAUCUCUCCUCUGCCGACUGUCCAUUAAAAACCCACGCAGGCGCAUGGGGGCCAUCUCGAAAUACAUAUUCAGGUUGUUUAUUACCUUACUAUUUGAGGCUGCUGACGCGCUCUCCAUAUAUUUCAGGUUGCCGAGGCCGGCGAAGGAAGGUCCCUCCUGCCCACCAUAGGUUCGCCCUGAUCAACUAUUCUUGCUUUGAUUAUUUCUGAUUAUAGAAACUGAGAAAAUCGUAGGGCUUAGGGUUUUACGUUUCCUUACAAGUAAUAUCGUCGUGUUCUCCCUCCUUGUCAGACUGCGGGAGAGCCUGCUCGGCGAGGUGCCGGAAGGCGUCGAGGUGGAGGAUGUGCACGAGGGCCUGCGGCACGUGCUGCCGUCGGUGCAACUGCGUCCCCCCCGGCACCGCCGGCAACCGCGACGUAUGCCCCUGCUAUGCUAAGAUGACGACCCACGGCGGCCGCCUCAAGUGCCCCUAA